AUGACGACACGGCUAUCAAGAUCUCUACUCUUGUCUUCGAUAACUCUGGGAAUUUGCACCGUGGUGCUCACUAUCCGCUAUAGUCAGAGUGUUGCAUUUGCAGACAGAAUACAGUGCUCCUCGCUUGGUUUCUAUUUGCUACUUCCUCUGUGGAUAUUCAUCCUGGAGCUUGUUCCUCUUAUGAGGAGCCCCCGGGUACUAGUGGCAAGACUACUCAAGGGCGAUGGCUUGAAACUGCUGGCCUCCAUCCUGCUGUUCGGACUGACUGGCAGGUUGUUUUGGUCGUCCUCAAUAGAAGCGGCCACUCGGACCAGUGUGAUAUGUCCGACCGUCGAGACACUGGAGGAAUCAAUUCCUGUUGUCCAGGUGGCCCUGCUGUGUGUCGAUGCCUUUCUCAUCAGCGCCCUCGGGUACCUCGUACAUGACGACAAGACAAAGCCCACUACCGGAUCAAGACUCCCCUACGUGUGCUGGGCCGCUGCUGGGUUCAUCACUUUAUUCGAAUUUGUCACUCUCACGACCGGGUGGGCAGAGAUUAACGACUUGCACACCCAAAUGUGGAAUACGGACUGGAUAACCAAACGCGACAUGACCAUUGACAGCAUAGUGGCAGCGCUUGCGCUGACGGCCAUGGUUCAUAUGCUCUGCGCCAUCUCGGCCAUCACGAUGGGAUUGAUGUUGGUGUUGAUUGGCGCAUUCGUGCAGCUGGAGACGGGAAUCCUCAAUGGGGCACUGGUCGAGGUUCUGGCUGGAGGGAGUGGGAUCAUGGCCGUCUUGUUGCUUUGUGCAAGCGCAGGAGGGGUCUUGCACUUCUCGAGGGCCUCCGACCACAAGGUCCAUGCUUACGACGUGCGAGACGGCUCACAUAAGCGGAGCACGCGCCUCCUGCUUCUCCAUAUGCUUGGAGGGUUCGCUCUCAUCAUUGGACAGAGCCUGUUGCAAUUCCAAUACACGAACACACAAGCAAUCCGAGCAGUCAUCAGAGACGCGGAGCAUACCUCGAGCAGGUGGCUUGGACAAGCAACUGUAAGCAAGACGCUCGAAGAAGCUGCUGGCGAGUACAAGAAACGUUACGGCAUCCCUCCACCGCCUGGAUUCGACGCAUGGUACAACUACGCUGUAGAGAACGAAUCACCAAUUAUCGACAACUUCGACCAGAUCCACUCGAGCCUACUCCCGUUCUGGGGCACCACACCUGCUGAGCUUCGCGAGAGAACCUCGCACAUGCUGGAGACGCCCACCACCUCUGUUGGCGUAAUUAUAAUUGGGGAUGGAAAGAUGACGUUUGGACCACAUGAUGAACAGUACACCUGGAUGCUGGAGCACAUCGCAGAGAUGAUGGAGCCUUUUGCCCAGUGGCUACCCGAUAUGCAGGUGGCAUUCAACCUUGACGACGAGUGCCGGGUCUCCGUCCCUUAUGAGCUCAUGCAAUCCUACCUACAAGAUGGAGAGAAGUCCAGGGGCAGGUUGGCGCGUCAGACAGAGCUUUCUGGCUUCAGCAAGACAGCGAGUCCACCUUGGUCGGACCAGUACCUUGAGGACGACCCUGAGCGCUUCGCUAGGGUCUCUCCUUACUUCCACCCCUGGUACAGCCAACCCAUCUUCUACGAAUGGGUAGCCUCGACCUGUCCACCCGGUGCGCCCGUUCACAGUUUCCACUGGUGGGACAAGAAGGUAUCCUGUGCGUCCUGCUAUGGUCCGCACACAGUCGGCGGCUUCGUAUCGAACUGGACAGCGGCCAGCGAGUUGUGCCACCAGCCCGAUCUCUUCUACCUCCACGGCGGCCUACUGCGACCACAGGCCGCCCGCCCAACGCACGACCUUUUCCCAAUCUUCAGCCAGAGCCGCCUGCACAGCUAUAACGAUAUCAUCUACCCCAGCGUUUUUGUUUUUGCGAGCAACGUCCAGUUUGAUGACAGCCGAGCCGUAGCCUGGGAGGACAAGGGGAACAGCGUCUUCUGGCGAGGAAAGAACACUGAGGCCACAACUGUGAAUGGGCUCUGGGAGAGUUUUCUUCGCCCGAGAUUUGUGAGCUCUGCGCAGGAUGAGAAGAAGCUCUUAGCGGCAGAGGGACCUGGCAGUUCGAACAACUUGGUCAUCGAUGUCUCCUUUGCAGGAGAAUUCGGGAGGUGCGACAAGCCCGACUGCAUCGCCGAAACCACGCACUUCUACGGAUCUCCAGACGCAGAGAUCCCAGGGAACGUGCCAUUUGACACCGCAUGGCAGCACCGCCAUCUGGUGGACCUCGAUGGCGCUGCCUUUAGUGGAAGGUUCCCCGCCUUUGUCGCCUCUGAUUCGCUCCCCUACCGCACGGCACUGUGGCAGGCCUGGUGGGAGGACCGGAUACAUGCAUUUGUGCACUUUGUGCCUGUGGAUGUGAGGCUCGUCAGAGACCUGUGGAAGCUGAUCCGGUUUUUCGGGUCUGAUGGCGAGGCAGAAGGCAAGAAGAUCGCAGAGGCAGGCGCAAAGUGGGCGGCCAAGGCAAUGAGGAAGGAAGAUAUGCAGAUUUACAUGUUUAGACUGUUGCUAGAAUGGGCAAGGCUGGUGGAUGAUGCCAGGGAAGAAAUUGGAUUCCAAAGUAAAGAUACCUAGAAGAUUAUAAAGUAGAUAGGAAGAAGAGAACGGUCACGUUGAGAAUAAUUAUGAUUAAUU